GGUUAUGCAUAAAUAAAAUAAAAACAAAGCACAAAGUGGUACCGCGUCUAGAGACAAAACUGGAAUUCUACAAUAGCCUGAACUGGCAACUGAAAAUGGCCUGGAUGUGGAAGAAGAAGUCGGUCAUAGCCACCAGUCUGAUAGUGGCCGUCUCCCUCUUUGUUGUGGUGGUGAACUACGCGGAGAAGCCCUACGUCCUCCUGCAGCCGGUGUUCGGGGAAGCCUUCAGCAGCCACUGGGUGUUCUCACGACAGCCGCACAAAGCCUCCAAACCCCACCCUGGCUAUGUCAGCAUCCCGAAACAGGAGCCUCUGAAGCUGAGCUGUGACGUGUGCAGCGUGGUGUCCAGCUCCGGCCAGAUGCUGGGCCGGCAGGCGGGGGCAGAGAUCGACCAGGCCUCCUGCGUGUGGCGGAUGAACAACGCCCCCUCCAAGGGCUUCGAGCAGGACGUGGGGCGGAGGACCACUCUGCGGGUGGUGUCCCACACCAGCGUGCCCCUCCUCCUGCAGAGGCAGCAGUACUUUUUCGGGCAGAACAACGACACCGUCUACGUCAUCUGGGGCCCCCUGCGCAACAUGCGCAAAGACGGCAAGGGCAUGGUGUACAACAUGCUGCAGCAGGCUGUGGACGGCUACCCGCAGGCCCGCGUCUACGUCACCACGGACGAGCGCAUGAACUACUGCGACCGCGUCUUCAAGGAGGAGACCGGCAAAGACAGGAUCCAGUCGGGGUCCUACCUCAGCACCGGCUGGUUCACGCUCAUCCUGGCCAUGGACAUGUGCAAGGAGAUCCGCAUCUACGGGAUGAUCAACGACACCUAUUGCAGGACGGAAGGAUAUAAGAAGGUGCCGUACCACUACUACGAGGCAGGAAGCAGGGAUGAAUGUGCUGAGUACCUCCUGCACGAGAGUGCCCCGUACGGUGGACAUCGUUUCAUCACGGAGAAAUCCGUCUUCGCCAAAUGGGCCAAAACACACGCCAUCAAAUUCUUCCACCCGGUCUGGUUGGUAUCGUGACCCGGCUCAUCUGAGACCAGCUGUACCACACUCCUGAACAUCGUGUAACCUUGUCAUUCCUGCUUUCAGUUCAUGUGAGUACACACACACACACACACACACCAGCUUUACAGCAUCGACCCAAAUCCAUCCACUAUCACCUGUGUUUUCUCAAUUCGAGGAAACGACAAAAUAGCGAUGUCAUUGUGGGAUUGGAAACCUGCUUGGCACAGUGGUUGACAUUAUUGCACUUGUUGACAGAACAGCAGAUUUUAAACAAUAACUAUGAGAAUGAAAAUGUGCUUGAUGAACUCAUCAACAGAAAAAUGCACCUUGUGAAUGUUUUUAAGCUGUGGAAGUCUGGAACAACAUCACUGAAGUGAAGGCUACACAUCGCAAGUGGGUCCUGGUAUUUAAUCAAACCAACUAAAAUUAUCUUGAGUGGGAUUUUAUUGUAGUAUUUGCUGCUGUUGAACAUUAUGAUUGAAAAAAAUAUAGGACUUGAAAUAACACUCGUAGUACAGAGGUGAAUGCAAUGGGACGUUUGUGAACUCUUCGCUCCACAAGGGAAAUUGUGCUUCAUUGCCCACUGCUUAAUAUAGGUUGUGGUUGAAUUUUCUUUAAUUCAUUUUAAUAAACAGACAAUUUUUCCUGGAGCGUUCAAGCAGCUGAUUAAAAGCAGUCGUGAACGUCACCUGAGGCCAUCUUUAA